UUUGAGCGGACAAUUGGUUUCAUUUCUUCGUUCAAAAAAAGACGGCGACCAACAUGACAGGUACACGACGACAUACGCUAGAUCGCGAGAUGGCGGGAGAAACAUAGAUGGAUGGAUGGUACGACGGUGCUCUACAAAUGGAUGGGGGUUGGAGUGAGAUGGAGUGGAAAGGCAGGGAGCGAUACACGAGACACCGAAGGGAGCAGUAGGACACAUACAGACACAAAAAGAGGCUUCAUAAAUUCAUCAACGCGCUUACAUCGACUCGAAGGAAAAGACGGUGCCCUGCUUCGCCAGCAGAGCCUGCGCCAUCAGCGCGCGCUCGCGCCAGAUGGUCACCUCCGCCGUGAGCUCAUCCACCCGCCGCUCGAUGUGCUGCUGGUACUCGAGCUUGCGCUUGCGGCUCUUGCGCGCGGCGACUGUGUUGUGGCGCCGCUUGGCCGCAAUCGCGUCUUCGUCGCUGACGCUGGGCUCGACCUCGUCCGUGUCACCGACGAACGCUGUGCUGUGCAGACGCUUGCGGAACGCAUCUGGCACGGCCUUGCGGCUCGUCGCGCUCGGGGUGAGGUAGUUGCGCUUCUGGGUCGGGGCAUUGUCGUCGAUCAAUGUCGCAGGCGUGACAUUCUUACGCGUCCCAGUCGCUCCGAUGACAGGUCGACGAUGGAGGACGGGCGGAGGGGGGAUGACUGGGCCAGUCAUGGAGGGCGGGUCGAAUGAGUGCUGGUCGUUGAGCGCUGGGCUAAAAGUCCACAGCUUCGACAGAUCCACAUCGUUCGACUUAUCGACGUCGGAACGAGUCAUCGGUGCCGCGUAUGACUCGUCGAUGCCACCGAACAGGGCAUCUCCGUUCAAGAAGUCAUCACAGUCGUUGAUCAGGGGAGAGUCCUCGACGCCCAAGUAUGGGGUGCCCAUCUCAGAGAUCGGAGUCAUCUCAGGGCUGGUGCCAUAAUCAGAGAUCAUGGGCGAGAAGGGGGAGGAGAGGAAGGGCGAGGCGGUGAGGAAGCCGGCAAAGAGAGGUGCUGCGUCGGCGGUCAAGAUGUCGCCCAUGGGUAUAACGGGUUCGUCGCCAAAGGACCCGACGGAAAAGUCAUCGUCGAGACGGAACUCGGGUGACGCUAGGGCAGAUCCCGAGUCAGAAGACAACGACGACGGGGGAGUCAACAUGGGGGUCGCAGUACCUUGGAUUUCGGCCAGCAGAGCAUCUACGUCCGCGAGGACCUGGCUCGGUGCGACCGUAGUCGCGGCGGGUGCGUUUGUGCUUGACAUCGUAGGGGCAGAAGCUGUGCGUUUUACAGACGGUGGUGGAGGUAGUGUGCCGGGUAAAAGGUGUCCAUAUGGACGGGAGUUGCUGUCGCUUAUCGGAACAUGUUGUGGAGAGGCGCUCAGUGUUGAUGAAAACCCAGUGAAGAGAGGUGCUGGUGAUGGUGGACGGAAGGAGAACGACUUGUUUAACACUGGUACGACAUCUUUAUCUUUGGUGGUUGAGAUGUUGCUGGAGUGGGCGGGAAUGGCGACGACUGUUUCGGGGUAAGACUGAUGUGUUGUGCGCGACAGCGCGGACAGUGGCGCCGGGCUACGUCUGGAAACCCGAGUCAGCCUUGAGUUCAACAAUAGAUCGUCGUCGUCGGAUUGGACGUCCGCAGCCGUGGACGACAACAUCGGAGACGCGCGCCACGAGGGGAGGCCAUUUUGGGACAGAACCCUUAUUUGUGUGUGUCCGGCAGACGUCACAAAGGACGCCUCAGCCCACUUGGAGCACGAUGGGUCAACAAUAUCCGUGUCCAUGGCGCGAUGCAGUAGUGAUAACGAGUAUUCCACGGCCCGAUAACCAAGACGAACGGAAAGCGAACUCACAGAUGCCUCAGAGGUGAACUGCUGGGCGGCCAGGGGACGGCUGAAGCAGAUGAGUCGAAUCUGCGUCAGUCGUGUGGUGGGGGAUGCUUUACAAGCAAGAUAUCUUAUUCAUGACUCGCCGCGUGCCUUAUAAGGCAUAUUAUUACACAGCUUUCUAUUUGAAACUCCGCCUCCCGCGCAAAUGAAAGGCGCUGUCGACGAGAGCUGUGCCGCAGUGUCCUGGACAACGACAACGAUCAACGUCAGGGCUGUCGCGCCCAGCUGCCACGUAUGGGCCUCUCCAUGUGCAUGUCCUGCUGUGGCAAACGGCGCGCUCGCUGGUGCGACCGACUGUGCUCGCGAUCAGACUUUCGAGUCAGCUUUGCGGCACCGGACUGCGUUGAUUGACCGCUUCCGUGCACAUACUUACGUGUCCAUGCGGCUUUGGGCGCUGACUUGAGCCCCGUCGUCCUGAUUCGUAUCACUUCACAGCCUUCUUCCGAUCGCACGUUGCGAAAUUCAGUCGGUCAAGCAGCGAGCAAGAGAAUACGUAAGCGCUUGAGAUGAGGGUCGCCGUAGAGAUAAAGAGUCCCUAAAAGUAAUGCCCAGGAGCACGGGGGAAGAUUUCGGGGUUAUUGCUCAGGAGCGGACGGAUCUUGGAAGUAGAUAUCUAAUAGGGGCGGGCCGGGAGAGCAUCAAGAACAUCAGGGAGAGCAUCAGGAACCUCCGGGAGAGCAUCAUUUCUUUGACAGAUGGGCGCUGGCUUCGGCCGCAUGUGCGGCGACCACGGCCUGUGGCCUAAGGCGGCGCGCAGCGCUUCGGAAAUGAACCACAAGUCGUGCACGAGCUGAACAACGUAAGGGCGGCCGGGCCGGAGGCAGAGCAUCACGGGACAGGGCACCGCGACCACGUGAAGUCUCGUGUUCAACAGCCCACGAACAAAGAGGGGUACAGUUGAGCAGAGAAGGAGGAAAGCUUUCGGCGAUUGG